AGCAGCUGAUGUUUCUGUGACUAUAAGCUCUGAACCCACAACACAACCAGCAGACAUGGACUUCAACGGCACCUGGAAGGUUUAUUCUGAGGAGAACCUGGAAGAAUUCCUGAAAGUCAUUGGUGCACCUGAGGUUGUUGUGAAGAUGCGUAAGGAUGUGAAACCAGUGAUGGUGAUCAAGCAUACUGGCAGAGACUUCACCUGCACCAUGAAGACUCGGUUCUGCAGCAGGGUCAACAGCUUCACCAUCGGGAAAGAGUCGGAAAUCUGCUCUCUGGAUGGCAGGAAGUUAAAGUGCACUGUCAGGGAAGAAACUGGGAAGCUGAUUUGUGAGACCAACAAGUUCACAUCUGUCCGAGAAAUUCAAGGAGACGAAAUGAUUGAGACGGUCACGGCCGGAUCAGUGACUUUCAUUAGCAGGAGCAAGCGGGCCUGAUCAGAACAUAGACGACUGGGUUAAUCUAAGCAUUUCACUCAUUCCUUCAUUUAAU